UUAACCUGUAUUGCUUAUCGCUCCUCUACUCCUCAGUCCCCUAAAGACCGUGAAGAUAUAAACGAUGGCCUCAGAGAGCAGCGCACAGCCAAAACGUGUCCUGGUAACCGGUGCAUCUGGGCUGAUCGGCAAAGCCAUCGAGCAUGUGGUGCUAAAUGAAGGUGGAAAACUUGAGGGAGAAGAGUGGUUCUUCAUCUCUACUAAGGAUGGAGAUCUAAGGGAUGUUGGAGAGACCAAGGCUGUGUUUGAGAAGCAUCGACCCACUCAUGUCAUCCACCUUGCUGCCAAAGUGGGAGGACUCUUUUUACACUUGAGGGAGAACCUUCAGUUUCUGAGAGAAAACGUCAAGAUCGAUGACAAUGUGCUGCACACAGCCCAUGAGAUGGACGUCACCAAGGUCGUGUCUUGCCUGUCAAAUUGCAUCUUCCCUGACAAAAUUACAUAUCCCAUCGAUGAGACCAUGGUUCAUGAGGGGCCACCUCAUCAGUCCAACUAUGGAUACGCGUAUGCUAAAAGAAUGAUCGACAUUCGAAACAGGGCAUACUCCCAGCAGCAUGGACGCUGUUUCACAUCGGUUAUCCCGACCAACGUGUUCGGGCCCCAUGACAACUUCACUGCAGAAAAUGGCCAUGUGCUGUCAGCCGUCAUUGGCAAGACAUACAAAGCCAAACUGAAUGGAACUCAGGUGAACAUGUGUGGCUCUGGAAAGGCUGUGAGGCAGUUCAUCUAUUCUCUGGACAUGGCUCGUGUAAUAAUUUGGGUCAUGAGAGAAUAUAAAGAGGUCGAGCCUAUUAUCAUCUCUGUGGGGGCGGAAGAGGAGAUCUCCAUCAAAGAGGCCGUCGAGAUGGUAGCAGAGUGUUUGGACUUCAAAGGAAAAAUAGAGUACGACAACACCAUGUCCGACGGCCAAUUGAAGAAAACGGCCAGCAUCGCUAAGCUGAGAGGCUACCUUCCUGAUUUCGCCUUCACGCCCGUUAAAGAAGCCAUAAAGAUGACCUGCGACUGGUUUGUGGAAAACUACGACACUGCUAAAAAAUGAAUGUAUACAUGUUCCUUAAAUAUCAAAUGAAAUGUGUCUUUCUUAAUCAAUGUUUUGGAUUUUCAAUUUUGUAGUUUUUUUGGGGGGAUUGAUGAUGAAACCUGGGGGUGGGUGAUGUAAUCUAUGAACCUAAAGGUCAUUCUAACCCUGA